AUGCAUGUUUGGUCCUUUGAAAUAGGUCUUUUGGAGCAUUCUGGAGCAUAUGGGACACAAGGAGCAUGGAGGGACUUGGCACAUGGAAGCAGCUCAACUGGAUACGCAAAGGAAGAAGGGAGAAGCCAUCUUGAAGACCAGCUCGACCGUCCACUCGACCAACCGGUCGAGUUCCUCAACUCGACCGGCCAAGCUUCAACUCGAUCGAGCUGGGGAGUCAAAGUCAAACCCGAAAAAUGUUGCUUCCCCCUUGACUUCCCUUUGACCCUAAACCUAAUCCUCUUUGUAUUUAAAGGCUCUUAG